AUGGUGUUAGGUGCUUCUGCCGGGUCCUCGAUUGCAGACAGAAUAACUGAUAGGCACUCUACCAAGGGUACAUCCAGCUUUGGUAAGAGGAACAAGAAGACCCACAGCCACUGUCGGCGGUGUGGGCGCCGUUCCUAUCACAUCCAGAAGAAAGUCUGCGCAUCAUGCGGUUACCCAAGCCCCAGGCUGAGGCAUUAUAACUGGAGUAUCAAGGCCAAAAGAAGGAAGACCACUGGUACAGGAAGAAUGCGACAUCUCAAAAUUGUCUUCAGGAAAUUCCGGAAUGGAUUCCGGGAAGGCACAGUCGCCAAACCACGAAAGAGGGUAGCAGCUGCACCCAGUGCUACAGUGGCCACGAAAUAAAAUCCCUUACUGUACACCAUGCUCAUACGUUUACGAACUAGACUCUGGGUGUUAUAAAAGACUUGAUAUUGUUUCGUUUUAAACAUCCAGAACCUGUGUAUGGUGCCCAAAUCCAGUUGAAAAAAAAAAGUGAAAAAUCUCAAAAAUG